AGAAAGCAUGGCGGACGAACCUCAGCAAAGCGUUAAACUAAAAUUGGACGAAACGGACGAAGGCUCGAGUAAUGAUGAGACGUGCGGUGAUGUAAAUGGCGUGGAAAACGAGGAGAAGAAGACUUUUAAGGACUUGGGUGUCACUGAGGUGCUCUGUGAGGCUUGCGAUCAGCUAGGAUGGAAGAGUCCAACGAAGAUUCAGAUAGAAGCCAUACCCGUAGCUCUGCAAGGGAAGGACGUCAUUGGUUUGGCAGAGACCGGUUCAGGGAAGACCGGUGCCUUUGCACUUCCCAUCCUCCAGUCUUUGCUAACCUCAGCGCAGAGGCUUCAUACGCUGGUGCUGACUCCCACCAGAGAGUUAGCCUUUCAGAUCUCGGAGCAGUUUGAGGCGCUGGGCUCCAGCAUAGGUGUUAAGUGUGCUGUCAUUGUUGGAGGAAUUGAUAUGAUGUCCCAGUCUUUGGUCCUGGCUAAAAAACCACACAUUGUUAUUGCCACCCCUGGUCGGUUGAUAGACCACCUUGAGAACACCAAAGGCUUUAACCUACGAGCCCUGAAGUUCCUGGUAAUGGAUGAGGCUGACAGAAUCCUUAACAUGGACUUUGAGACAGAGGUGGAUAAAAUCUUGAAAGUGAUCCCCAGAGACAGACGUACCUUCUUGUUCUCUGCCACCAUGACAAAAAAGGUUCAGAAAUUACAGAGAGCUGCCCUGAAAGAUCCUGUGAAAUGUGCUGUGUCAACCAAAUACUCGACAGUCGACAAGCUUCAGCAAUACUACGUCUUCAUACCAUCCAAGUACAAGGAUUGUUACCUGGUGUCCAUCCUGAAUGAGCUGGCAGGGAACUCUUUCAUCAUUUUCUGUGGCACAUGUAACGGCGCCCAGCGGGUGGCACUGUUGUUGCGUAACUUGGGAAUCACCGCUAUCCCGUUACAUGGCCAAAUGAGUCAGAAUAAACGUCUAGGAGCGCUAAACAAGUUCAAGUCCAAGGCCCGCUCGGUGCUGUUGGCGACUGAUGUGGCGUCCAGAGGUCUGGACAUCCCUCAUGUCGACUGUGUCAUUAAUUAUGACAUUCCCACUCACUCCAAGGACUACAUCCAUAGAGUGGGGCGAACAGCCAGAGCCGGACGGUCUGGAAAAUCCAUCACUUUUGUCACUCAGUAUGAUGUUGAGCUGUUCCAGCGAAUUGAAGUGCUGAUUGGCAAGAAACUUCCGGCUUUCCCCACCCAGGAAGAAGAAGUGAUGAUGCUGGUAGAGAGGGUCAGCGAGGCCCAGAGGUUUGCAAGACUGGAAAUGAAGGAGCAAGGUGAGAAAAGGAAAAGGUUUAAAGGAGGAGAUGGCGAUGAGGAUGACACAGAGCAAGCAAGUGGUGUCAGGAAGAAGGUGAAAGGAGGGGGUGGAAGAGGAGGAGGAGUUGGAGUUGGAGGAAGAGGGGGAGGAGGAAGAGGAGGAGGUGGAGGAAGAGGGGGAGGAGGAAGAGGAGGUAAAAGGGGUGGUGGAGGAGCUUGGAAGGGAGGACGCUAAACACCCCCACCAUAACAGACUGUGAAACACACUUUGACACACAACACCUUUUCUACCAUUGCUGAAAAUGUGAUGAUGAUAAAUGGAGGUAUUCCAGUUUCUUAGAUGGAUCAAAACAAAUAUUUAAUAUCUGAAAAUGUGCUCUUUGAAAUGUUUUCAUUUGUAAUAAAAUUUAAACGCAAUAA